CUGUGUAGCCAGAGCCCAGGGCUGUCAGUACUUGGCCAGCCAGGACCCUUGACCGAGUGCUCCGGUGCUAUGGCCGCCCCACCGCAGCUACAGGCUCUUCUCCAGGCCGUCAACAAGCUGCUGCGCCAGCGCCGCUACCACGCUGCGCUGGCCGUGAUAAAGGGCUUCCGGAACGGGGCUGUCUAUGGAGUCAAAAUCCGGGCCCCUCAUGCACUGGUGAUGACCUUCCUCUUCAGGAGCGGCAGUCUCAGAGAGAAGCUGCAGGCCAUUCUGAAAGCCACGUAUGUCCACUCUCGGAACCUAGCCUGCUUUGUGUUUGCCUAUAAGAGUCUCCAUGCCCUACAGUCCCAUGUGCAAGGCGAGACCCACCAGAUGCACUCUUUCCUGGCUGCCUUCAUCGGGGGGCUCCUGCUGUUUGGAGAGAACAAUAACAUUAAUAGCCAGAUCAACAUGUACCUGACGUCACGCGUCCUGUACGCCUUGUGCCGCCUGGGUGUGGAGAAGGGCUAUAUCCCUGCGCUCAAGUGGGACCCGUUCCCCUUGCACACUGCAGUGAUUUGGGGGCUCGCGCUGUGGCUUUUUGAGUACCACCGGCCCACCCUGCAGCCCUCCCUACAGUCCUCCAUGACCUACCUCUACGAGGACAGCAACGUGUGGCACGACCUCUCAGACUUCCUCAUCUUCAACAAGAGCCACCCCUCCAAGUAACACAGUCCAAGGUGCUUCAGGAACUCCUCCGCCCAGACAGCUUCCAGGCAGUGGCCCGCCUGAGGCUGCUCAGGGUACGGUUCUGUUGGCAUACCCUCGUGGAGGAGCCUGCCUUCUCAAAGUCAUGAUCCUCACACUCCAACUUGUAUUAACCCAGGCUCCCAUUUGCUGAAGUAAAAGUACUGAGUUUUCCAUCUACCAGUACUUUUGAAUACUGUAGCAAGUGGCUAGGUCCCAUUAAGGAGUCUGUGGCUUGAUUGCAGAUGCUCUUCCAACUUCUGUAAGGCCAGGGCAAACUCACCCCUCUCUCAGCUUCAGGUCAUUCAAUUCAGGGGAGGACCGUCCGAGAAGAGUGUCUUCCUGGUGGAUAUGAUGACCCUUCCCCUCUACUGUGUAUCAGAGGGCUCCUUGCUAGUGGGCAAUAGGUUACAAACACUUUGAAAGGGAAAAAAAACCUAAAUUCUUUGUCUAAAUUAUUCUGCUGAGAAGUUCUGGAGCCCUACUGUCCAAUAGGAGCACUAGAUGAGUCACGUGCAUAGCACGUGUCAAGCUUGUGUGAGACCCAGGAUCCUAUCACCAGCACUGAGAAUAAAACAUUUUUUGAGAUGCAUUAAGAAGGCUGUGGCUGGGCGUGGUGGCACACGCCUUUAAUCCCAGCACUUGGGAGGCAGAGGCAGGUGGAUUUCUGAGUUCUAGGCCAGCCUGGUCUACAGAGUGAGUUCCAGGACAGCCAGGGCUACACAGAGAAACCCUGUCUUGGAAAACCAAAAAAAAAAAAAAAAGGCUGUGGCAGUAGGGUUGUGAGCUCCAGGCCAGGCUGAGAUACAUUAAAAAACAAACAAACAAACAAACAAAAAACCUCCGUCUCAAAAAAAAGGUGGGGGGUGGGCAUCCAAGGAGAUGGCUCAGUGAGUAAAGAUGGUUGCGGCCAAGCCUGGCGACCUGAGUUUGAUCCCUGUGUUUGUUCUACAUGGUGAUAUGGUGGAAGAAGAGAACCAGCUCCUGCAAGUUGUCCUCUGCCCCUACAUGUGUGCCUUGGCAUGUGUGCGUGCAUACGCACACACACGCACGCACAUACACACACAUGCACAUAUACAAUAAAUAAAUGAAAAUAUAAUAAAUGAAAAUAAAUAAAUGAAAAUAUAAUAAGACAUGUAAAAUUAAUCUUAAUCAUAUAUUUUGCCUGCAUGUACAUCUGUGUACCGUGUGUGUGUGAUACCAGCAGAAGUCAGCAGAGGGCGCUGAGUCCCUGGGAACUGAGGGUAUGGCUGUUGUGACCCACUAUGUGGGAAAUGAAGCUCGGUCCUCAGCAAGAGCACUUAAGUUUGUUGUUGUUGUUGUUGUUGCAUGAUUGUUUGAGGGUUUUUUGUUUUUUUUUUUUUUUUUUUAGACAGGUUCUCUUUUUGUAGCCCUGGCGGCCUGGAAUUCACUUUGUAGACCAGGCUGGCCUUGAACUCAGACUGCCUCUGCCUCCCAGUGUUGGGAUUAAAGACGUGGACUGCCUGGUGAACUAAGUGCCUUUCACCACGAAGCCAUUUCUCCAGCCUCAGGCCUUUAAUCAUGUAUAUUUUAACUCAAUAUUUCCCAAACUGUGCCAUUGCUACAUAUGCUAAUAUAAAGGAUUGAUAACAGCCUUUCUUGAACUAUGUCCUCAACACUGGCAGUGUGUUCUGCGUGCACCAGGUCACACGGUUAUCCUCACAGAAAAUUCCGGAGGACACUGAAAAUCUGGAACUAAAGACACAGGCUGAGCCCUGCCCCCACUCUGUGAUGCAUCCCCGGGGAAGGCUUUCCGACUCUGAGCACCUCCAGCCCCAUAAAUGAGGAGACUCCUGCUAACCCGAUGCCCACCCUGGACACUUGGCAGCACCUGAGCCACUGUAGCAGUGACUUUAGCAGAGCGGGUUUCUCCUUUCUCCUGACUGCUUGGCACGUGAUUGUCUUUUAUCCAUAGUUACUUUGCAAGGAUGUACGUUGAUCCGUGUUUUCCAGGUAUGUGGUCUCGGGAUGAUUUGAACAGCCUGCCUGACUUUGAAGCCCGUGUUUCCUUCAGUGCCUUGCAUUAAACCUAGAAAACCUCA